AUGCGACGGAUCCACGCAAUAACGGCGAAUUCCGCCCGCGAGCCCAUCAAAGACAGCGGCAAAAAUCCAAUUGGAUGGGCCAUUCACGCGGAAGCCGCUAAAGCAAACACAGGCGGGGAAACAACAAUAUUGGUUUGUGGAACGGAAUGCUUUCCGCCGUACGCUUUUGCGUUGCGUUUAUUGGAUCCUGUGCGGUUCUGCGCGAUUAAAGUGUACCUACCGCCCGCAGCUGUGAGAUGCAAUCCGCAGCUGCGGAUUCGUGCAAUUUCU